CAAAGUAAACAGCUGGAGUAAUUAGAUGGUAAACACAUGUUAACAAUAUCUGAAUUGCAUGUCAUCUGAAAGGGCUGUCUUUUAAGGUUAACCCGUGUCUACGGUGAGACUAUGUGAAUGCUCUCUCUCAGAGUCUACCUUAAAAUGUCAAGUGAGGUCCACUUUUGGAUUUGUCCCAUGAGCACCACAUUACACAUGGUUACAAAACAUCUGGAUAACUAAAGACCUGGAGGAGUUUAAAGUGAGGCAGCUGCGAGGAAGCACAGCAGACGGACCGAUUUCUUCAACAUGAAUCCUGCUCUGGUGUUGGCGUUGUCUUUGCUGACCACAGUGGCAGCUCAGUCUCACGACCACCAUGACAUGGGCUGGGUCAACGGCUACCGUCAGAGCUUCAACUUCCAGUGUCCCCACGGAGAGGUCCUCGUGGCCGUCAGGAGCUACUUCAGCGAGACAGAUGGCUCGGACCGCCUGUGGACGUUUGAGUGCCAGCCCACGCCUGAGGGGCUGGGGGAGCCCAGUGACUGCUGGUGGGACGACAUCAGCCGUGCUGGGAUGGAGUGGACUUCAACAUGCACCCGCAACGGCCUGGUAGCAGGCGUACAAAGCAAGUACUUUGAAUCUGUUCUUGACCGGGAAUGGCAGUUCUACUGCUGCUAUUACAAACGCCGCUGUCCCUACUCCUGCAUGAAGACCAAUGACAGUCCUGAACAGUUCAGAGAAGAGGCGGAAAUGGUGGUCCCGUCUUAUGGCUACUUCAUCCGUGGUGCCCAGACCACCUUUAGUGGAGUGCUAAGAGAUCGGCAGUGGAAGUACAUCCUGUGCAGAAUGACAGACUUUGACUGUGAAUUUGAAAAUUUAUAGACUUGUAAUCAGCAUUUUGAUGUUGUGUUUUUUUAACAAAGCAUACAUAUUUACUCUUACAUUUAAACAAAAACAUAGUACUGACAUUAUACAUAACUGAUAUGAUUCAUGUUUUCAUUCAUGUAUUUACUUUUGUUGAAUGAAUGAACUACAGCCAUGUGAUGUCUGCCUGUAUAAUCACUGUUUUUUAGUUUAGCAUGCAAAAAUGACUGCUCAUAUGAAGAUGAAUGUCAUAAUAAACAUAAACCCAAAGGGUCUAAAGAGGAUUUGGGCUCGAGUAGAUACUUUAGAAAACUUUGGAAAGGGUUUUAAUUCAGAGACCGGAGGAACUGGAAGUCAUUUGGCAGCAUGUAAAGUGUUUUUCCACCAACAAAGUCAAUAAUCUGAUGCUGUGGUUGUGGUGGGAGAAAACACAGGCUCUGCUCCAAGAUCUUUUAGAUGAGGUCACCACGGCGAUGGCAAACCAAAGUGGUUUAUUUGAACCAUUUUCACGGUUAUAAAAGCAUUCCGUGAGCUACAGGGCGUGAACGAUUAGGAUAUUGUCUUGGCGGUAACACUUAAUAAUUGUGUAUGUGUUGCAAGUAAUGAGACGCUUCUUCCAGAAUCACUGGCAACAGGAGCUUUGCAUGCAAUGAAGAGUGUCCCACUUGCUUUCAAUAAUUAAGAUGUCUUGUUCAGUUUGGCAAUUACAGCCAUGCAGUAUAUUGUCCUGAACUCAUGUUAUGCUGUUUGGAAAUGGUCUUAAAAUCAUCUCUUUCUUUUGUUUAUUACUUUGUAAAGUCAUUUAUUUGGUGUGUAUCUGGUUUGUUCAUCAAUUCGACAUGAUGGAAAAUAUAUCAGAUAGCAGAGUGUAUGAUGUUUGAAAGGAAAUUCAAGAAUAUGAAUUUAAAUCUUAUGAGGAUUGACAUAACUGAAAAACAAUAGGCUAAACUUGUGGAGGGAAAAGGUUGUGGGAGAAAGGAUAAUUUAGCUGGUAAUCCCUAAUGCCACACCCUUCCAGCAGCAUGUGAUGGCAACAUGAAGCCGUGCUGAGUUGGCCUUCAGCCAAGUUAUGCCCAAAUGAGCUGCUGAUAUCAUAGUAGUUAUGACUGACUACAUCGUCUGUGUCCUCUGGGCUCACUCCCUCACAUGUCAACAGCAAAUCAGUUUUUUAUUCACUUGAUAGUUUGUGGAAUGGUGGGUGGAGUGGAGGAAAAAUGAUAAAAAAUGUAU